ACAAGCGGAUUUAAGGCGCGCGAGUUAACGUCAACAGCAGUGUUUAUCCGAACCGGGACGCGGAACUCGGGCGUGUGAGUGAAUAAGAAUCACGAUCGUCGAACAGGUGUCGCAUCGUUAGAAAUGUGUCAAAUUUAUUUAUCAUUGUUUAUUUCACACCACCUGUAGCACUUUUCUUCGAACUUGAUGUUAUAUAAUCCGGCUACAUAAUCUCGCAGGUGUCCCAACCGCCUGAUUACACGAUACUGAUAAGAACAAUCUCGGCCAUUAGCGUAAAGGAUGACUCAUUCGAGAAACAGAGAAUUUCAGCUGAAUUUAGAAUGCCAGUGAGUGAUAUCCAUCGUAAGAAGAAAAAUGGUGAUUCAGUUUUUCAGGAAAUUUUGAAGGAAUUUUGAUACAGUAAUUGGUAUUAAUUUUUAAAGUACAAUAACUAAUGAACGUUAAACGCUGACUGAAUCAUUUUUAAUAAACUGCAGAGUCGAUAAACAUACCUUAAAAAUGUACGAGGUAUAAAUACAGUAUUAAACUAGUCAGAAGUGAAUUGGUGACAAAUAAAGAAGAAGAAAUGUCGCCGAAUAAGGAACGAGUGCCACCGGCAGAGUGUCACGUGUCGGAAGAUGAAGAGGAAAACUCGAAGACGAAUAACAGAAUUGCGGUGACGGACGAUUUUUUAACAGUUGAUGAAAAUUACAGUAGCAGUAAAGUGGAAUACGUUCCUCGUAUCGCGUGGCCGGAUCUAAUCGCGCAGAUUUUCAUUCAUGCCGGCUGUGUUUACGGUCUCUACCUCGUCUUCGCAAAAGCGAAAUUUCUCACUGUUUUAUGGGCAUUCGUGACUGUAUACACUUCCGGUUUCGGCAUAACAGCGGGUGCACAUAGGCUUUGGUCCCACAGGGCGUACAAAGCGAAAUGGCCCCUAAGAUUACUUCUCAUCUUCCUGUUUACCAUCACAGGACAGAAACACGUGUACGCGUGGGCGUUGGACCACCGGGUGCACCAUAAAUACAGCGAGACGGAUGCUGAUCCCCAUAACGUGAAACGGGGUUUCUUUUUCGCCCAUGUGGGCUGGCUUUUCAUUACACCGCAUCCUGAUGUAAUUUCGAAAAGGAAAGCCGUUGACAUGAGCGAUUUAGAGGCUGACCCCAUUGUCAUGUGGCAAAAGAGACUAUACAUACCUCUGUUUCUUUUACUAACCGUCGGACUUCCGGUCGGUGUGCCGUGCUACUUCUGGUCAGAAUCAGUAUGGAUAUCUUUCUGGGUGAACUUCAACUUCCGGUUCUGCGUGACUCUCAACAUAGCGUUCUUCGUGAACAGCGUGGCUCACAUGUGGGGUCAACGACCCUAUGAUAAGUACAUUUCCCCCGUCGAAAACGUGGCAGUGUCCAUCGCAGCCCUCGGCGAAGGAUGGCACAACUUCCAUCACGUCUUCCCCUGGGAUUACAAGACAGGAGAGCUAGGAAAUUACACGUUCAAUGUAACCACUGCGUUCAUUGAUAUGUUUGCACAUAUUGGAUGGGCAUACGAUCGCAAAUACGUCUCACCAGCCAUGGUACGACGAAGAGCGAACAGAUCUGGUGAUGGCAGUCACGUCUGGGGUUUUGGAGACACGGAUAUCCCUAUGGAGGACCAAAAAGAAUUAGAACUCAUGGACAGGAAGAAACAAUAAGGACUCAGUUUUGCUGUUCCUGAAAAUAUGACAAUACAGUAUUUAUGUGUGAUUGAGAUGCAAGUUUGAUCUUCUGAAACACAAACAUUUUAUUAGAAAGUGAUUUUUCAGUCGAUAGUGUGAAUUGUUUUUGUUCUAAUCGUGAAUUUAAAUAGAUACAAGGAAAUAGUUUUAUAUGAAUACAUAAAAGUGAUGAUGAUAGUGUAGUAUAAUAUCGAGGAUAUGCGAAGAAUGAGAACAAAUAUUCCUCUUUACUAUUUAUUGAGAAAAUUUGUAAUUCUGUCCACUGCCAGCAAAGUACUUUCAAAAAGUUUAUAUCAACUGUAAAUAAAGUAGAUUCCGAUCAAUGAA